GCAUGCGCAUGUCUGUUCCGCGAUUUUAAGUACACGUGUGUCAGAAGCUCCUCUGCAACAGCAGUCCCGCCAUGGACGAGAAGAUUAACUUGGAUUUGGAAGACUUUUCGUCGGAGCCAUUUAUAGACGCAUUUAUUAAAGAAAUAACAGAGCAAGACCCUUCAUUUCUAAUCGGGAUUUUCGUCGCUAUAGCUGUUGUUAUUAUUACAAUAGUGUUUUUGAGAUUUUUCUUGGGCACCAAGAAGACAAGAAAUGCAGUGUUGCUAGUUGGUUUAUGUGACGCUGGAAAAUCUCUCCUCUUCAGCCGGCUGCUGACAGGGAGAUUGAUCCAAACUGUGACCUCCAUCAAGGAGAGCAAAGCGACCUACAGAGCAAAAAAUGAGAAGGCUAGCAGCUGGACUCUUGUGGACAUUCCUGGUCAUGACAGUCUGAGAGCUCAGUUUGUGGAGAAGUUCAAGGAUUCUGCCAGAGUGAUCGUGUUCGUGGUGGAUAGCGCCGUUUUCCAGAAGGAGGUAAAGGACGUGGCUGAGUUUCUCUACUCCCUCCUGACGGACAGUAUGGUGACGAAGAACGCUCCGACCCUGCUGAUAGCCUGCAACAAACAAGAUGUCACCAUGGCAAAAUCAGCCAAACUGAUUCAACAGCAGCUGGAGAAAGAGCUAACCACUCUGAGGGUGACUCGCUCGGCGGCCCUCACGUCUCAGGACGGCUCGGUUCGGUCCACGCUGCACCUGGGGAAGAAGGGCAAGGACUUCGAGUUCUCCCAGCUGCCCAUGCAGGUGGAGUUUGUGGAGUGUAGCGCACGUGGCAGCAACGAGGGCGAAGACGCUGAAAUCGAGGCUUUGGAGAAGAGUUUGGCCAAGUUAUGAACUGUCAUAGCAAGCUGCGGUCAAAGAAAUACAAAGCUUAAGUCAUAUGUUUGGAUUCAAAGUCUUUUAUUGCAUGGCCUUUAGUCAGUAUUGUUUUCCUUGUUUUAUACAGACUUCUACACAUCACCUGACCUAGAACAAUGCAAAAGAAAGUCUAUUUAUGUCGUAGAGUUUAGUGAGGACUUGCAUCCAAAGCAUUCACACACAUUUAUUUAUUUGGACUACACAAUCCAUCCUGAACGUUCCAAUUUAACACCAUAAACUGCUAUUUAUUUUUUGAGGUAUCACCAGUUUACUGUGUUAAAAACAUCAGUGUGUUUUCUCCACACCUGCUUUGUGCCUUACAUCUGGAACACUGACAGUGUAAUUAUGGUAACUCAUCAGGCUCGAGCUCCUGCUGAAACCUGUAAAUAAACAGUUUGUGAUUUUUGCAUGUUUA